AAAAAUAAUAAUCAUCUUAAGCAGGAAGGAAGCACGGAUAUGUACCAAAGCUGGACUGAAUCGUCGUCAGUUUGUGAGUCGUCGCAGAAUGUACACGAACUUUGCCAACCCUUUCUUUUCUGUCUACAUAAACAAAAAAAAAAGAAAAGAAAAAGUAGAUGUAUCCACCGCUCCAUUCUCCAUACUCCAUCUCUCUACUCAUUUACCACCUCCAUGCUUCCCUUCCCACAUCACUUCCUUAGUUUUCCAAUUCCAAAUGCAAUUUCAGACUCAUUGAUCCAUUAUUGUUUCCAUUGUAGUUGAAUUGCGUGUUUUGAUUCUGAUUUCAACUUCAACUUUUGAUCAAGAAAACUGAACCCGGUGUUGGAGCUGAGAAGCAAGAAAGUUUUGGAAUCACAGAAAAAUCUGAUUCCAUAAUUGGAGUGUAAAAGGCUGAAGGAGGAGUAAUGGGUGAGGGAGAGGUGAAGACGGAAGGGAUUUGUGAUGUGGAGGACACGAUUUAUGUAGCUGUGGGUAAGGAAUUGGAGGACGGCAAAUCUGUACUUUCAUGGGCGAUUAAGAGCUUCAGUGGCAAGAACAUAUGUCUUCUUCAUGUUCAUCAGCCUAAUCAGUUUGUCUCUCUCAUGAAAGAAAUGCAUUCAGCAAGCAAGCUGAAAUAUCAGGUGGUGAAGACAUGUCAGGAACUUGAACGCCAAAAAAUGCACAAUCUUAUGAAUCAGUAUAUCCUCUUUGCUCGGGAAGUCGGGGUAGUGCUUCUGUUUCAUCUCAUUCUGCCAUUGAACGAUAUUCGCUUUCACUUGUAUACGGAUUCACCAAAAUGUUCAGGAAAUGUGCUUAAAGGCAAUGGAAUUGUGGUUUUCUGCAGAUUGAUCCAGGGAAGAUCUGGAUUGAAAUGAGUGAUGUCAAGAAAGGGAUUGUUCGCGUCAUUUCUGAACAUGGAAUUAGAUGGCUUGUCAUGGGAGCUGCUGCAGAGGAACACUAUUCAAAAAACUUGUCAGAGCUCAAAUCCAGUAAAGCAAUUUUUGUCUGCCAGCAAGCGCCAGUUUCAUGCCAAAUUUGGUUUCCCUGCAAAAGUAGCCUCAUUUGGACUAGGUAUUCCACCCUUUUUUCGUAUUUAUGUUUCUCAACGUGCUGCUGCUCCCGAAAAACUAAACAUGCAUUUAGCUAAAGAUAACCAAGGACAAAAUAAAUGAAUUUCUUCAUGGAUUGGAACAGACUUUUAUGUUUAAUCAUUUGAAGAAGAUGCCAUACUAUUGAGUUGUCAUUAUCUUUCCUAUGAAUUCUGAUUCAAACUGUUAGGAAUGUGCAUCAAGGAUUGCCAGUAAAUUUAAUGAUUAUGUCUGGUGCAAGGUGUGAAGACGUUGGCUCUAAUUUAUCUCGCCUUAUCAAGUUGCCUUCUCGAAUCAACACUUGUACAUUGUUUCCCCAACAUUCUGAAGAAGAUGAGGACAAAGGUGCUGAGAGUUUAGGGUCUCUGGAUAUUGAUAAAACUGUGGCUCAUGAUCAGGACUCGGCGCCUUCUAUGAUGAAUGAGGUGAAUACCGAUGGUUCACCUUCAAACUCGCCAACUGAGUCUCAGGAUUCACCUUGUUCCAUCUUGCCAUCCAAGUCUCUGGAUUCACCUUCUUCGUCAUCUUCAUUUUUGCUGGAGGAUGAUUCUGGUGAGCUAGUGGAAAUAGAUGAUAAGCUAGAUUGCGAUAAACUGGAUGGCGAAAACCCUAAGCAAUGUGGACCUGAAGAAACCCUGGAGGAAUACAGGGCUAAUGAAGAUGUAUCUGAGCUUAUGCACAAGGAUGAAGCCUCAGAAUGUUCUUACGUAGCAGAGUUGGGCCAAAAGCGAAAAAAAGAAUUAAGCGAUUUGUUGAUACAGCAACGACAAGAACUAGAAAAAAUGCAAGACAAGCAGAAUGAGAUCUUGAGCGAACACCAGUUGGUUGAGAACCAGACCUUUUUUUUAGAAAGACAACUUCAGGAGAACUAUGAUGCAGAGAAGGAGUUGGAAGAGAAGAUUAUCCAAGCAGUGGAUCUCAUGAUAAGUUUUAAGGAGAAGCGUGAUAUGCUACGGAUAGAACGUGAUAAUGCUUUAGAAGAAGCUCAGAGAUAUAGGAAAUUGAUAAAAGAAGAUGCAGCUGCUAUUCCAACUUCCUUUUCUUUUUCGUUCUUGGAUAUCAUGGAAGCUACUGAACAUCUUGAUCCUUCAAUGAAGAUUGGAGAGGGAGAAUUUGGGAGUGUUUACAAAGGCAUAAUUCGGCAAACUAAGGUAGCUAUAAGAAUGUUAUUUUCCGGGGGAUAUCAAAGUGAUGCUGCUUUUGAACACGAGGUAGAAGUCUUGAGCAGGGUGAGGCAUCCGAACCUUGUCACACUAGUUGGUGCCUGUACUGAAUCUAGGUCACUCAUUUAUGAGUUCCUUGAAAAUGGAAGCCUUGAAGAUCACCUUGCUGGGCGGUCCAAGAAGCAUCCUCUUCCGUGGCAACUUCGCCUUAAAAUCGCUAGUGAAAUCUGCUCUGUUUUGCUUUUCCUACAUUCAAAGAGAUGUUUUAUUGUACAUGGGAAUCUCAAGCCUAGUAAUAUACUUCUUGACGGGAAUUUUGUCAGCAAAAUAAGUAACUUAGGUAUGACCGGUUUCCAAAAUAAAGAUGGUCGGGAUUUGAGUAGGAAGAAUAACCUGGAGGCUUCCUUGUAUCGGGACCCAAGAGUUGCUAGAGGAAGGUAUACGAGAGAAUCUGAUGUGUAUUCAUUUGGGAUUGUUCUAUUACGUCUUCUGACGGCAAGACCAGUCUCCAGUCUAGUUAGGGAUGUGUGGUGUGCCAUGGAAGCCGGCAGCGUAGAAACUAUUCUCGAUUAUUCAGCUGGUGACUGGCCUCUUGAGCCAGUGAAACGGUUAAUAUCCUUGGGGUUGAAAUGCUGCCAAGAGGAUCGAGUGAAUCGAGCAGAUCUAGGGACAGAAGUUUGGCCUGUACUUAAGCCCUAUAGCCACUUGAAUGCUUAUUUGUGCUUGGAUUCAACUUCAUCGCACAUGGAAUCUAAGGGUCGGGGUCGGAUACCUUCACAUUUCGUCUGUCCCAUAUUUCAGGAAGUAAUGAAGGAUCCAUACAUAGCAGCUGAUGGUUUUACAUAUGAACUGGAUGCCAUAAAAGGAUGGUUGAAUAGUGGUCAUGAUACUUCGCCCAUGACAAACUUAAAGCUCGACAACUGUGAACUUAUUCCAAAUUACGCCCUUUACUACGCAAUUCAGGAAUGGGAGCAGGAGCCCUGAAGCUCUUUUUGAUCAUGUAAAGAGACUUGCACCAGUUUGUAAUUAGGUUCAGCAUCCAAGCGGUACCCGUGGAUGAUUGCAAAUCUAUCUUGGAGCUGAUCCACCUCUGGUUCAGUUCGGGAUCCCUCUUCAUCAAGUAGUGUACAGUGUGUAGAACAACGUACAGAAAGAACAUAGCCUUACAAUCUGAAGGUGGUGCUGAAUUUUGCAUCUUAUUACAGAUUGAAGUUAUCGACUUGAAGCAACAAGUCAAAUGUACAGUCUUGAGUAAUCAAACUGUUCGUUUUUUCUUGUUCAUCUUGUGAUAUCGGGUCAGUAGGUUUCGCUAUUCAUGGAACACCUAGACUAAUAUUACUCGUAGUACUCUAUGCGUGAGUCUCCUAACUUCUGGCUGUUACUUAAGAUCAGGUUACUACGUCAGUUACUGGAUCGACCAACCUGUUUAGUCUGUUUCUUUAACGGGACAAGCCGUUGUUUUUGUUGUUCCCAACUGCUGGUUUGUAGUUGGGUGCCUAGGUUGUUUUGAGAUGUGGGUAGGUACCCUACUGUUCGAUCGAAGAUGUUGAUGUCGAAUUUUUUAAUUUUUUUUUCUGCCCUAUGCAAUUGCACUUAGCAGCCGUAUCAUUCAUUCCCUCUUCGAUUCUCUUCGUGUCCAAAGACGAAAAUCUUCUUCUUUACAAUAGUGGACCUAAAACUUCUUUUUAAUUUUUCCCUUUUCAAUUUUCACGAACAGAAUGUCGUUUCAUGUACGAACCACGUUACAUCCUCCUUAAUCAUUAAAUUAAUAACCUACUUUACUUUGGAGUAUGGACCAUCCCCGAUCCUAGUUAGGUUGGGUUGGUGCUUAAUUUUUCUGAAAAAUUAUGUGCA